UCCGCACGCAACCGCAACACAACACAACAACGAAACAAGCAUGGCGGGCUAUCUCUCCACGCUGCGCGCUGCUCCUAUGCCGUCCUUGUUCUCUUCCCAACACACCAGGCCCGGGCAUAUCAGCCUCAGCUCGGCGGUGGCACGCCGUAACCCCGCCCUCUCAGCGAAGACGACGGGCUCGUCGGCGGCGGAGGCCGCCGGAGACCGCGCCACGAAGCUCUCGGCAUGGACGAGCGUCCGGCAAGAACGGUGGGAAGGCGACUUGGCCGUCGAAGGGCACCUCCCUCUUUGGCUGCAUGCGAUCGAUCAACACGUCACAUGAAUGUGCUUCAGAACGGUACGUACCUGAGGAACGGGCCAGGGGUGUGGGAGGUAAGCGGCGACGGCGCGCUCGACCACCUCUUCGACGGGUACGCCAUGCUCGUCAACGUCUCCUUCCGGCGAGGGCGCGCCACCGGCGCGCACCGCCAGCUGGAGUCGGACGCGUACAAGGCCGCCAAGGAGCACGGCCGCCCGCUCCUGCGCGAGUUCGGCCACUGCCCCAAGCCCGCAAACCUGCUGGAUCGGCUGAGGAGCGUCGUCGGGCUCGUCAGCGGCAGGGCGCUUACGGACAACGCCAACGUCACCGUGCUACCGCUCGGGGACGGCAGGGUGAUGUGCCUCACCGAGACCACCAGGGGCUCCUUCCUGAUCAACCCGUACACGCUCGGCACGGUCGGGAGGUUUCGUUACGUGGACGUGUUGGGUGGCAUGAACAUGUUACAGUCCGGGCACCCGAUCGUGACCGGCUCCGAGUUCUGGACGCUGCUCCCUGAUCUUGUCCGGCCAGGCUACCUUCUCGUGAGGAUGGCGGCCGGGAGCAACGAGAGGAAGGUGGUAGGGAGAGUGGGUUGCCGAGGAGGGCCGACGCCGGGGUGGGUGCACUCGUUCGCCGUCACGGAGAACUACGUCGUCGUGCCGGAGAUGCCGCUCCGGUACUCGGCCAGCAGCAUGAUCAGGUCUGAGCCCGCACAGUUCUACCUCUUCGACUGGCUCCCAGCGUCCGGGAGCUAUAUGCACGUCGUACGCAAGUCGACCGGGAAGACGGUGGCUAGCGUCGAGGUGCCGCCUUUCAUGGCAAUCCACUUCAUCAACGCGUAUGAGGAGAACAGCGAGAACGGGCAGGCAGCCGCGGUCAUCGUCGACUGCUGCGAGUACUACGCUGAUCCUGCGAUGCUUGACGCACUUGCUCUCCACAGGCUGAGAUCGCCCACGAACAAUAACGCCUUUCCUGAUGGCAGGGUUGGCCGGUUCAGGAUACCGCUGGACGGGAGGCCGUUCGGCGAGCUGGAGUCGGCGCUGGACCCCGACGAGCACGGCCGCGGGAUGGACAUGUGCAGCAUCAACCCGGCCUACCUCGGCAAGGAGUACCGCUACGCCUACGGCUGCAGCGCGCGCCGGCCGUGCAACUUCCUUAACGCCCUGGCCAAGAUCGACCUGGUCGAGAAGACAGUCAGGAACUGGCACGACGAGGAUGCCGUGCCGUCGGAGCCCUUGUUCGUGGAACGGCCGGGAGCGACCAAUGAAGAUGAUGGAGUUCUCAUAUCUAUUGUGAGCGAUGUCCAUGGCGGUGGCUACGUGCUGGUGCUGGACGGGGAGACGUUUCAAGAAAUUGCGCGGGUGAGGCUUCCGCACGGCCUGCCUUACGGCUUCCACGGAUGCUGGAUCCCUGGAAAGAUCCGAAGGAUGUCGUUACGUUGAUCAGCUACUUGGCCGCUAGUACUUGAACUGCCAUGGUGCAAUUUAAGCGCAAAUUUUCAGGAAAAUAAGAUGUCUGGACGUUUCUCACCUCACUCCCUUCAACCGUGGUCCCUCAUCUCCGGCGAUAUACAACCUUGCCCGCUCCAUCUCGUGCGACAUUCAAUCCGUUCUUCUCCAUCUCCAACGACCUCAGGCUCCAGUAAGAUUAGGAUUACGAUUAGGAUUUUUGGUGCCUUCAAGCUGGGGCUUCAAUGGAUGAUGGCUGGCUUGACCAUAGUGGCAGAGACGCCACCGCUAUGGAAGACAGGAAUACUACUCAUGUAAGGGGGUGUUUGGUUCUUUAGGAGGCUCUAAAAUUC